CUGUGCACACGGUCGGCUGUUUGACCAUGUCGUCAAGGUUACAACUCGCUCGGGGUCGGCUUCUCCGGCCAUCCUCCCUACCGUCAUCGAAACGCCUUCUCCAACCUUCUCAGACAUUGCGUCUACUUGCGCCCACCCGGAUCACGAAUGUCGCCCGACUCCCGUCCGUCUUGCCUAUACGCACUUAUGCCAAUGGCCGUCCUCAUCCUCCCGGAGGUACCCAUCGCAUGAACCUUGGUGGAGAACCAGAAAAGUCAGCCUUGGAACAAUUCGGUGUCGACCUCACAGCCAGGGCUAAGGCAGGCAAGUUGGACCCGGUCAUUGGACGUGAUGCCGAAAUCCAUCGCACCAUUCAGGUUCUCUCCAGACGAACGAAAAACAAUCCUGUUCUGAUCGGAGCUGCGGGUACCGGAAAGACUGCCGUCUUGGAGGGUUUGGCCCAGAGAAUUGUUCAGGGAGACGUUCCAGAGAGCAUUAAGGACAAACGUGUUAUUUCUCUGGAUCUGGGGUCUCUCAUUGCUGGUGCUAAAUUCAGAGGUGACUUCGAAGAACGGCUGAAAUCUGUCCUUAAGGAGGUCGAAGAUGCGCAAGGGGGUGUGAUCCUCUUCAUUGAUGAGCUUCAUACCUUGCUUGGCUUGGGAAAAGCCGAAGGCAGUAUUGACGCCAGCAACCUUCUGAAACCGGCAUUGUCUCGCGGUGAGCUGCAAUGCUGUGGUGCUACGACUUUGAACGAAUACAGAUUGAUUGAGAAGGACGUGGCUUUGGCUAGACGAUUCCAGCCUAUACAGGUUGGGGAGCCCUCGGUUGCCGCUACCAUAUCCAUCUUGCGUGGUAUCAAGAACAAGUAUGAAGUGCACCAUGGUGUUCGAAUCACGGAUGGUGCUUUGGUGGCGGCAGCAACUUACAGCAACCGAUACAUCACCGACCGAUUCCUUCCCGACAAGGCUAUCGAUCUGGUCGACGAAGCGGCGUCCGCCUUGCGACUGCAGCAGGAGUCAAAGCCCGAUGUGAUCAGAGAGCUUGAUCGCGAUAUCACUACCAUCCAAAUUGAGCUGGAGUCACUUCGCAAGGAGACCGAUGUCAGUAGCCGCGAAAGAAGAGACAAACUACAGGAAGAUCUGAAGGUUAAACAAGAAGAAGCGAGAAAAUUGACCGAGGUAUGGGAGAAGGAGAAAUCGGAAAUCGAGGAGCUUAAGCGUGCCAAAGAGGAGCUGGAGCGUGCUCGCUUCGAGUUGGAGAAAGCUCAAAGAGAAGGAGACUUUGCAAAGGCGGGUGAAUUGAGAUAUGCCACCAUUCCUACUCUCGAAGCCAAACUUCCUAAAGAGGGUGAAGAGCAAGCCACAAAGGCCCAGACUAGUCUCAUUCACGACUCCGUCACCGCCGAUGAUAUUGGAAACGUGGUCUCUCGGACCACAGGUAUCCCUGUCAACAAGCUAAUGGCCGGUGAGGUGGAGAAGCUCAUCAAAAUGGAAGACACUCUACGUCGAUCCGUUCGUGGGCAGGAUGAGGCUCUUUCUGCAGUUGCAAAUGCCGUGCGCAUGCAAAGAGCUGGCCUUAGUGGCGAAAACCGGCCCCUCGCCUCGUUCAUGUUCCUCGGUCCUACGGGUGUUGGCAAGACAGAGCUUUGCAAGAAGAUGGCUGAGUUCUUGUUCUCCACGGAGACGGCUGUUGUUCGGUUUGAUAUGAGCGAAUUUCAAGAAAAGCACACUAUUAGUCGUUUGAUCGGCUCUCCAGCCGGCUACGUUGGCUACGAUGACGCCGGUCAACUCACGGAGGCUGUGAGGAGGAAGCCCUACGCGGUUCUGCUAUUUGAUGAGUUCGAGAAGGCGCAUCGCGACAUCUCUGCCUUGCUCUUGCAAGUCCUUGAUGAAGGGUUCCUCACAGAUUCUCAGGGCCACAAGGUUGACUUCAGGAAUACUCUCAUUGUUCUAACAUCGAACCUCGGUGCCGACAUUCUUGUAGGCGCCGAUCCUUUGCACCCCUACAAGGAAGGUGGUGACAACGAGCUUGCGCCUGAAACCAAAAAGUCGGUUAUGGAUGUCGUACAAUCGGCCUAUCCGCCAGAGUUCCUCAACCGUAUCGACGAAUUCAUCAUUUUCAAGAGGCUGUCCCGCGGCGCUCUGAGGGAUAUUGUUGAUAUCAGAGUGAAGGAGCUGCAAUCACGUCUCGACGACCGCCGAAUGAUUCUGAAGGUUGAUGACGAAAUCAAAGACUGGCUCUGCGAGAAGGGAUACGAUCCCAAAUACGGAGCCCGGCCCCUUAACCGCUUAAUCGCCAAAGAAAUCGGCAACAAGCUGGCUGAUAAGAUCAUUCGCGGCGAAGUCACGUCCGGGCAAACUGCUCGUGUCACGUUCAAUGCCGACAAGAGUGGACUUGCAGUAGCAGCAGAAGCUCCGGUGACGCCAGAAACUGAAAGUUCCUAAGAUUCAUUACGCACUUUGCUCUUUCUUACAUGUGGGUAUUCGGC